AUUCUGGACGUCAUCUUCAAUGCUCGUUCCUUUUCCUUCCUCACCCGCUUUUUGAUCAAUCGCCUUCUUAUUCCCUUUUCGCCGGUCGCUCAAUUCCACCUUCAUCAUGGCUGAUAUGCCCAUUGUGCUCGACGGAGGAACGGGUUUCCUCAAAGUCGGAUAUGCUGCGCAAAACUUCCCCGAGCACCAGUUCCCCUCGAUAGUGGGGCGGCCCAUACUGCGGACGGAGGAGCAGGCAGGCGACAUUGUCGUCAAGGAUAUCAUGUGCGGAGAUGAAGCCGCCGCCGCCAGAUCGAUGCUCCAGAUCACCUAUCCCAUGGAGAACGGAAUAGUGAAGAGAUGGGAUGACAUGCAACACCUUUGGAACUACACUUUCUACGAAAAGAUGAAGAUCGACCCCACCGGCCGCAAGAUCCUCCUCACCGAACCCCCCAUGAACCCUCUGAAGAACCGGGAGCAGAUGGCGGAGGUUAUGUUGGAAGGCUACAACUUUGGCGGUGUAUACGUCGCCAUUCAAGCUGUGCUUGCGCUGUAUGCGCAAGGUCUCAGCAGUGGUGUCGUCGUCGAUUCCGGAGACGGUGUCACCCACAUCAUCCCCGUCUAUGAAUCCACCGUCCUGAACCACCACAUCCGCCGAUUGGAUGUUGCUGGUCGGGAUGUCACCCGUAAUCUCAUCGCCCUUCUCCUUCGUCGCGGGUACGCCCUGAACCGCACGGCCGACUUCGAGACCGUGCGCCAGAUCAAGGAGAAGCUCUGCUACGUCUCCUACGACCUGGAGCUGGACAAGAAGCUCUCCGAAGAUACGACGGUCCUGGUUGAGUCCUACACCCUCCCCGACGGCCGUGUCAUUCGCGUAGGAAGCGAGCGGUUCGAGGCCCCCGAGUGUCUCUUCCAGCCACACCUGGUCGACGUCGACCAACCCGGUAUCGCCGAGCUACUGUUCAACACCAUCCAGGGCGCCGACGUCGACGUACGUUCCAGUCUGUACAAGGCCAUCGUGCUCAGUGGAGGAAGCAGCAUGUACCCCGGUCUGCCUUCGCGAUUGGAGAAAGAGCUCAAGCAGUUGUGGCUCACUCGAGUACUGCAAGGAAACCCGGAGAGACUCAACAAAUUCAAGGUCCGCAUCGAGGACCCGCCCCGACGAAGACACAUGGUCUUCCUUGGAGGUGCCGUGCUUGCCAACUUGAUCGCCGAUAAGGAGGACAUGUGGGUUACCAAGCAAGAAUGGCAGGAACAGGGUGCCCGUGCCCUGGCCAAGCUCGGCCCUAGAUAAAUCUAGUUUUGCUACUUCUAUCCUAGUACCAGUACAUACAUACAAUACCUACUUUCAGCC